UUUGUCAAACACAUUGUGGUCCCGUAGACCUUAUGUUCCUCCCACUUGUAGCAAAGCGUGUGGACAUAUUCUCACCUGAUCUUGUACCUCAAUAAUUGAGAGAGGGAGAAUAGAAAAUGAUAUAAAUCUUUCACUCAUUUCUCUAAGUACCCAACCCUCAUUAAACAAAAGUAAGCUAGAAAUUUGGCCGUGAACUCUCUGAAAUCUCCAAUACCUGCUUCUUAAUUUGUUGAGGAGAUAGCCAUGGUGCUGGAUGCUUUAGCUGGAACCAUAGUCAGCAACGUGGCUGACGUCCCUUAAGGAGAAGGUGGUAACUGUCCUGGGCGUGAAAGAUGAGCUCAAGAGGCUGCAGCGGAUGAUGGAGAGGAUCAAGCAUGUGCUUCUUGAUGCUGAGAGAAAGCACAUCCAAUCGGAGUCCGUUGCAGGGCGGGUGAGGGAGCUCAAAGAUGUCAUGUCCGAUGCCGAUGACAUAAUUGACCUAUGCAGGCACGAGGGUGGGAAAUUGCUUGAAGGCCAGACGUCUACAUCAUCUGAUUCAUCAACGGUAUGUUGUAGCAGCCCUCGCUUAUUCUCUUGCUUCACUAGCAUCCGUCUCCGUCAUGAGAUUGGUGACCUGAUCAAGAAACUAAAUGAGAUAUUGGACGAGAUAUCUAGAGAUAUGUCAGGCCUUAACUUAGUGAGGAGUGAACCAGAUACUCGAGUCACAACAGUUGAUCCUCAAUCGUCAGACCUUGUCUAUCAUAGAUACGUCUGAUAUCGUGGGGAGGGGCGUUGAACGUGCUACAAACAAUUUGGUAGAGAGUAUAGUUAAGAAAGACGAAAGAAAACUCCAAGUCUUUGCUGUUACCGGAAUG